GCACUUGAUAAGUUGUGAGAGCUCUCUUUUCAUCUAGGUGUGCCUCUCUCCCUGAUCAGUCUUCCUUGGCUGCCUUGUCUUUGAAUGUGUAAUGCCCCUCCUCCAUCGCACGGCGGUGGGCUAUCGCCGCCUGCUUGGCGCCCUCAUAGCCCAGCUGACGCACAGAGAACGGCUUGGUCUUCUCUUUGCCGCCCUCGCGCCAGCUGGCCAUCCAUGAGUUGCUGGCCUUGUGAUAGUAGACGCCCUUGACGCCGCUCUGGUGCUCCGAUCGCUUCCUCACCGCCGCCUGACCGGUGCGCUCCAGCUCACGACGAUGCUCCUCGGCCAACGCCUGAGAGACGGAGGCACACAUAUGGGACACUCAAGACAGACAGAGGGAAGAGGCGGCUUCAUGCGCACCUUGGCUCUGUCGUAGCCAUGGUCCCUGACAUAGAAGAGCUUCUGCUUCAGCUUCCGGUCGCCCUUCUCGUACCAUUGUGCCUUCCAGGCCUGAUGACUCUCUUGCCACGUCACCCCCGUCACAUCCGACUGGUGCUCUGCAGUUAGCGGGACACAUCAAGGUGAGUGAUGGUGUUUAAUUCGCCUUUUGGUUUUCUCACCCGAUUUGGUGAUGAUGGUCUUGCUCUUGGUGCUGGCCUUCUUGUCUGUGUCGGCGGCCCACUCGGGAUUGGACGCAUAGAUGGACGACGGCACAUCACCGGCAGGCGCCGACACACCAUCCCUCUUGGCUGCCUUGGGCCUCCGUCGUGGCUGGGGAGAUGAUGAGCUGCUGCCAUCGUCACCGUCGUCACAGCUGUCAGACUGACGGCUCGCCCGAGCCGCGCUGUUCCUCUGCCGGCCAUCCCGGCCCCUUGUUGCGUCGCCUUCAUCGCCUUCUCGAGGCCCAGGGGGGCGGGCCGGGAGGUGAGGAAAGAUGGACCGGGGAGGGCGGGAGGGGGGAGAGGGGUCGAGGGGCGGGUCGUCACUGGGUCUCUUGGUGCGUUUGCGACGCUGCGGGGGUGGGCUGGAGUCGAAUUGCCCCUCAAGCAUCCCGCCGUCCAUCUGUCCCUGCCCCUGCUGUGCCUGCUGCAGCCACGACAGAUCGAUGGCCAUCGCCCGAUCGCCCACACGCGACCGGUGCAGGGCAUUCCGGUACUCGACAGCCUCACGGAAGGCCGUGAAGAUGGCCGCUCGAGAGGCGCCAUAGCCGACAGGGAAUUGACGCAGGCCGACAGUCGUCGAUGCGUCGUUGUCCCAAAAGUAGGCCUCGCAAGUGUAGUUGGUCCGCCAAGUAAUGCCGAUCCUGACACACACACACACACACACACAGAUGCCACUGUCAACAUGAGAGCGUCCAUCAUGCCCCUUGUCAUGCUCACUCGCCUCUGUCUGGCGCAUGGAAGUCGUUCGGCUGCUCCUCCCGCAUCCGCCGCAUCAACAUCCGAGCCAGCUCGUCGCCACAUAACCCAUCGAGACUCGUCAGCUCCCGAUGCGCGCCAUGGUGCCCCGGACGCCGAUUGGCGAGGCCUCGGCCGUGUGGGCCGCGCUGGCGCUUGAGGGGGCGGCUUUUGUUGAGGGAGCCAUCACGUCCAUCACCAUCGCCGUCGAGGGAGGGGAGAGGGGAUGGGUCGCGGGAGAGGGGCCGCUUGCGACGGUCGCCGGGGCCUGCAAGGGGACACAUUAGCAGGCAAGAUGAGAGCUAGUCGUACAUUGGCCCUGUCUGUGUCAUUGAUCUCACCUCUGUCGUGACAUGGGCUGGCCGUCUUCUUGUGUUUGGGAGGCCGCGACACCGCUGGCUUCUUCCGACGCUGCGGAGCCCUCCACUGCACCACUUGCCUCUCCUCGCCAGCCACCACAGCAGUGACGAUCUCGAAGCGCUCGUCGGUGUCCACCGAUCCCGCCCGCACCACCGCCAGCAUGUCCGUCAGUCGCCACAGCUCCCACCCAGUGGCAGUCCCGUUGGAGUCGCGAUACACCGCCGCCCGCACACACAGGGGCUGGUCGGCAUCGCUGUCAGAUGGCCAGCCGGUGACCAGAAAGUGCCGCCCGUCCGCCAUCUUCUCGGCGCUGAACUGCAUGCCCUCGUAGGCCGCCGAGUACGCCUUGUGACCGGGGUCCUGCUUGUGGCGUAUCGUCCUCAGGAGCUGCCCAACGGUGUUCCUCUCGUCACCUGGACCACCCACCGCAGCUGCGGCCGGGGAGGGAUGGUUGGAUGGACCAGCGGCCGGUGGGGGCGAGGGAGAUGGCGUGUCGAUCGCCCUCUUCUUGGCGGCACGUGAGGGGGCCCUGUUGCGUACUGACCGACCGCUGCCGGACGGUUGCGGCUUUGUGUGGUUGGCUGACCCGAUGUCCUCGUAGCUUGGGUGUGCGGGAGGUGGGGGUGGGGGAGAGGGCGACAUCGGACCUACACCGACACACGCAACAGAGAUGGCAGAUAUGGGAACUGACAGGCUGUUUGGCCUUCCUCUCCCCUCCCUCUCCCUCUCACCUGCUGCGUUGCCCUUGGGCGCAUCUACAGUCGGCUUCAUCAUGAGGUACCGCCGGGCCCUGUGGUGGCUCGUCCUCACCUCAAAGGGCUCGUCCGCCGCUAUCGGGCCCCCCCUCUUGACCCGCUCCAGCACCUGCGUCACGUCGCCCAGCAGCCAGCCCUUCUUCGAGUCGCGAGUCACGCCCCACUCGUCGGCGAACAGCUCCCCCUGGCUGUCGUAGAAGGGCCCUGCGAGCACCUCAUACGCGCCGCCCUUUGCGCCAUCGACGCGACGCACAGAGGACUGCACUUCUUGAUAGGCCGGAUGGUAGCCGGUCGUCCUGGUGGGGUCGCCUCGCUUGUACAGCACCUGCCGCAGUUGCUCCAGAAGGCCGUCUUGCUGGGAGGGAGGGCCGUUCGGGUGAGCUGGGGAGGGGGAGGGGUAUGUGGCGGCCGCUGACAUUGCCUGUGGAUAGGGCAUGGUGGGGGUCGAAGCGGCAGCCGAUGGGCCUCCAGCUGCAGUUCCAUCACAAGCCCCACGGUGGCCCUCCGCCCCGCCUGCCGCACUGUCCUGGCGCACGCCACCAGGAGAGUGGCCCUCCUGCUCGAUGUCCAUCGCCGCUACUGAGGCUGCUGCAGAUGGCUGAUGGGCCGCUGUGGGAUUCUGCAUGGCUGGAACGACGCAGGCAGCCGCAGCCCGGGAUGAAGACGAAGCAGCAGCAUCAGCCGAUGACGCUGGCCUCCCGAGAUGGGCGGCUUGGGUCGCCAUCGUCACUCUCGUUGCUGCUGCGCUGUUGGCUGUGUCAUCGACUGUCGUGCGUCGUCCCUCAAAACCGGAUGACGCCCUGCGAACGUCAAGCGGUCAUAGUGAUUGAACUCGGUGGGCUGAGAACCACGAUGAGCAAGUCUGCUCAGCAGAGAUCUGCCGCCAAGGGCAUCGUUCCGCUACGAAAUCGAGG